AUGGAAGACUAUUCACCAUUUUCAGCAAGUAUACUAAAUCCUAACGAAUAUGGGAGUGAGAAUGAGGAUAAUAACAAUAUUGGUAGUAGUAAUGAUAGUCCAGUUCUGGGAGAUGACGAAAUAUAUCACCCUUUUCUACACAUUAUACCCGAUUUAUCUGACACAUCACCGCCACCAUCGCAUUCUCAUCCCCUAAAUUCAGAUAAUACUUAUCCUGAUACUAAUACUUCAAAAAGCACAAAAACAUCAACAACGGUACCUGAGCAAAUGGUCGUUAAGCAAGAACCAGACCUAGGCGACUUUGGAAGUCCCAUCUGGCAAUAUCUCGAAAUACAGAAAGAAAAGUGGAAGAAUUCUUCUUGUAAUUCAAAUUCCAAAACGACAAAUAAGACACAAAGUAAAACCGCCACCACUUCCACAACGACAACUCUCGUUGAUCUCUCGGACGUAUUGAACUCCGGUUCCCCGAUUAUUAAUGGCAACACAAGUAAUAAUAAAAGUAAUAAAAAUCUCAUUAAACAACCUCCUCUCUUACCUCAUUCCUCAUCCUCUGAAUAUUCAUCGGAGGAAGAAUUAUUACUUGCUGGUCAUCAUCAUCUUCUUCAUAACACGCCCAAAGUUGUUAUGCAACAGGCGAAAAAGAAGAAAGUAACAUUCUUGGUUCUCCAACCUAAUACCAAUAAAUCGAACGAUAAAAAGACUUUGAAAAAGAAAUCCUCUAAAGCCAAGGUAAGGAUUUCUUCGAGCAUUAAGGAGAAAUCGAAUCAUGAUGCCAAAGACAUCCAUUUUGAAGAUCAAUUGACCAAGGAAAUUAUACCGAAUAACAAUGGCGGUAAUAAUAAUGUCCUCGGAAGGGAGAAACUAGCGACACCAAUAAAGCAGAGGAUACCAAUUCCGAUCUCGAUUUCUACGGAUCCAAUUCACGUUUUCGUUGAUAAUUCCAACAUUUUGGUGGGAUUCCUGGCAUAUUGUCGUGAAAAGAAAAUCGCUCAGAUUAAUGCUCAUGGUGUGGAAUCAGUAUCACAUUCAAAUCCUAGACCACAAAUAGAUUAUGAAGCUUUAUUUACGAUUCUUGAGCGAGGAAGGAAAACUGAACGCAAAAUUUUAGUUGCCUCUUCCCCAUUGUAUCAAAGUCUUGAAAUAGCUGAAAAUGGGGGAUACGAGGUCUCGGUGCUUCGUCGUGUGAAAAGGCCUAUUGAUAAGCUUAUUGAUCCUACAAUCAAUGAAGAUUCGGUUUCGAAUACUUUUCAUAAGCAAGAAUUACAACAGCCACAAAAACCACCACGCAUGGCUGCUGCAAAAUCAAACGAGAUGGAAAAAGAACAAUGCGUCGAUGAGCUUCUCCAUCUUAAGAUUUUGGAGUCCUUACUCGACUACUCUGCACCAACCACUUUAGUCCUGGCCAGCGGUGAUGGUAAAGAUUCAGAGUAUUUUCAGGGAGGGUUCCACAAAUGUGUGGUGAGAGCCUUGGAGCGAGGAUGGAAGGUCGAGGUUAUCAGUUGGCAACGUCAAUUAAGCCAUAAUUUCUUGGACAAAAAGUUCUUGAAAAAGUGGGAGGGUCGUUAUUAUGUUGUCUUUUUGGAUUGGUUCGCAAAAGAACUUGGAAGCGAAUUCUAA